AUGUCUUCAGAACUCGCCCAAAGAAUUCAGACUGAGCUUGACGCAGCUACAGCUCGAUACAUCACCCGUAGCUCACGUUCUAAAGCUCUUCAUGAUGAAGCCAUCAAGUCAAUGCCGGGUGGGAACACCAGAACCGUUCUUCAUGCCAGUCCAUUCCCAGUUGUGAUCAAGUCUGGUAAAGGACAUCAACUAACAUCUGAAGAUGGUCACACCUAUACAGACCUCACUGGCGAGUUCACAGCAGCCCUCUAUGGGCAUUCAAACCCAGUAAUUCUCUCCGCCAUUCGAGAUGUGUUGGACAACGUGGGCAUGAAUGUCGGGGGCAACACAGCCCAAGAGCAAGUCUUCGCCCGCGAACUCUGCAGCCGCUUCAACCUUGAGUAUGUCCGCUUCUGCAACUCGGGUACUGAAGCCAACAUCCACGCCCUAGCAGCUGCGAGGGCAUUUACCAAGAAGAGAAAGGUUGUCACAUUCACCGGGGGAUACCACGGCGCCGUGAUAGGUUUCAAGGGAGGAAAGCCAGAGGCGAACAACGUGGAUCUUGAUGACUGGGUAGUGGCCAGAUAUAACGAUCUCGAUAGUGCUCGUACUGCCAUUGAAAGCGAGGGCGUUGCCGCAGUGUUGGUAGAAGGAAUGCAGGGCUCUGGGGGUGGUCUUCCCGGACAUCCAGAGUUCCUCCAGGGCAUUCAAGAUGCUGCAUCAAAGGCUGGCGUCUUGUUCAUCAUUGACGAAGUUAUGACUUCACGUCUCUCUGGGGGAGGCAUCUCCGAAUUGCGAGGUCUCGAACCAGACCUCAAGACCUUUGGCAAAUACCUAGGUGGAGGUCUUGCUUUUGGAGCUUUCGGUGGUAGAGCGGAUAUCAUGUCUGCAUUCGAUCCACGAGUCCCAGGCGCCCUCUCACAUUCGGGCACAUUCAACAACAACACAUUGGUGACACAUGCUGGACACGCCGGUCUUAGCAAGAUUUACACGCCCGAGGUUGCAGCCCAGUUCACAAAAUCUGGUGAUGAUCUCAGAGAGCGGCUCAAUGCAGCAACAGAGGGUACAAGAGUUGUCUUCACUGGCGUCGGUACAAUCAUGGGAGUCCACUUCCCCAAGGAUGGCACCCGUGUAAUUGAAAGAUCUGGCGAGGUCGAAGAGAUUGAUACUUUGAGGGAUCUUUUCUGGCUUGAUAUGAUGGAAGAAGGUUUCUGGGUCGUCCGUAGAGGAUUCAUUGCUUUGGUGCUUGGAACCCCAGCUGCUGAGUUUGAUAGGUUCGUUGCUUGUGUUGAGACAUGGGUCUCCAAACGUGCAGAUCUUGUAAAGCUAUAG